ACAUGUUUAUUCCUCUCCAGUAGCCUGAGUGUGGUUGGUCUCUCACGUCUCAUCUGUUGGCUGCCUCUCAGAAAUGCGGUGUGUGUGCUUGUGAGUGUCAGAGCUCAGAUAUCCGUGCCACUGAGGAGCAAAGAAGUGGCGCACCAAACAUGAAAGACAGGAGAGAAACUUUUCCCGAGUGGAAAACCUUGCUGGUGGGUAUGUGUGUACUGCUGCUGCUUCUUCUGGGCUGCACAGGUUUAGUUCUCCUGUGGGUUCAGCACAAGGACCUGGCACAGGAGUUGGUCAGGCUGGAGUCCCAGAUGCAGGAGUUGGCACGGUGUUGCAGGCUGCGAGAAGGACUGCUGCCAGAUGAACUUGGAGACGCUGGAGAUUUGAAGAAGCUCCGGCGCAGCAGACGGAACCAGGAAGGACACUGGACUCAGACACAAGACCAGGACAAGCUGAGGCUGAUGACAUACUCUGUGGUUCCUAUCAAAGCCUACCUAGAUCUGUGCAACAGCUCCAGAGGAGUUUGUUUAAUAGGUCCAACUGGCCCCCCAGGUGUGCCUGGCAGGCCUGGCCCUCCAGGACCACCGGGUGCACCGGGCCCUGAAGGCAGACGAGGACGAAAAGGUCCUCCUGGUCCUCCCUGUCCUGCCUGUUGUCCCACUGAAGCAAGAAAGAAGAACCUCAGAGACCAGAGUUUUCAGAAAAAAAAUUUAAAGGACCAAGUAACAGCGCAUCCAGGCAAUGACACCAGAGAUGCUCUGCAUGUUACGGGACCUGUGAAACUUCAGGACACAAAACAUGAAUCCGUAUCUUUUCAUCCAGAGGUCAGCUAUAUUUUAUUGAACGAUACCAGGACCGAAAAUGUCAUACCGACACCAGUUACGCUGUCGCCAGUGUCUCCUGCUGUCGGCUCUGGUGGAAAUGGCUAUGCUUUAACUGGCAGCUCAGAUGUCACUGACAGUACAGCAGCAAGUGAGUUAGUAUCACCUCGUCCAGACAAUUCCCCUGCAUACUGGGUGGAAACCAGUUUGGAAACUACAACAGACACAUUCACAAAUGUGUUACCAACACCAAGGACCAACCAUGAUGACAGAGAUGCCUUGAACACUACUGAAUUUGAGAAAUUUCACCAUACACACUUUAAAUAUGAAACACCCAAACCAAAUUCAACUGAGAACUCCAUCAAAAUCCUGAAUGGCACAAACUUUGAGGAACAUCUAGACAAAAAACCUGACCCUGAGUCACUGCUGAUUUUUAAAAAUGACAGCCAUGCCUCUUCGAAGGACUGGGAGCCUGGAAAUAUUACAGAGGGUGUUAAAUUCAUGGAUGAUGACGUUGGUGUGAAUAUAAACAAGGACACCUUUAAUGCCAGCAGAGGUUUCUCUGAAACAAGCUCCGAAAGUGAACCACCAACACUACAUUCAGAUAAUAUCACCAGAGAGUCAUUUAAUGGACACCCUGGUACCCUUGGUACGAACCAAAACAGGGAUGCCUUCAAUGACAGCAGAGUCAACACUGAAACAAGCUUUAAAAUUGAACAACCAACGCAAGAUUCAGCUAAUAUCACUAGAGAUGAUUUUAAUGCUUCUGAAUAUUACAAUCAGCUAAAUAAAAAAGCUGAACCUGGACCAGAACCAUUUCCUGGAGGUGAUAGCAUUGGGACUUUGAAUGAUUCAGAGACUAUAAAUGUUAUGGAAGGAUCAGUAAACAUAUUAAGAGAACAACCAACGCAAGAUUCAGCUAAUAUCACCAGAGAUGCUUUUAUUGUUUCUGAAUCUUAUGAUCCUCCAGGUGAAAAAAUACAACCUGAGCCAGAGCCGUCUGGUGAAGGUGAUUACAUGGUGACUGUAACUGAUUCAGAGGCAAUAGACGUUACGGAGGGGCCAAUAAAAUUUUCACGAGGUUCAGUUGAUACCUUCAAUGGCAGCAGAGUCGUCACUGAAACAAGCUUUAAAAGUGAAACACCAAAACGACAUUCAGCUAACAACACCAGAGCCGCUUUAAAUAUUUCUGAGUUUUAUCAUCCUCUAAAUAAAAACAUGGAAUAUGAGCCGAUACCGUUUCAUGAAGAUGAUAGUAAUGGGACCCUGAAUGACUCGGAUGCUGGAAAUGCAACAUAUGCACCAGUAAAACUAUUUCCAGGACCAACUGAAACAAACCGAAGCAGCGAUGCCGUCAUUUCCAACACAAUGAUGAAUAAAACUAUUGAAAAAAGCGAAUCAGCAACUCCUGCUGAAACCUUCAGAGAAGCUUUCAACUUCAAUGACUCCAAGGAUCAGCUACAGAGAAACAAAGAACCUACUUCACCUUCUCAUGACAGCAGUCAGGGGAGAAACACUUUAAACAGCAGUGGAAACAUUGUAGACAAGCCAAUGAAAAGUGAGUCUUCCCAACCUGUCCCAACCUACAAUGACAGCAAUGUUGCGGAAAAUGAGAAAUUUAAAACUGAUUGCCAAAUUAAAGCCAUCAAAUGCUUGAAUAAGUCCACCAAAAUGCAAGACACUUUUGGAGCCUGGAUGUCAGAUGCAUCCCAGCCCGACGAUCGGAUCUGGGUGGCGGAACAUUUUUCAGGUCGUACUUUGCAUGAGUUCAAGAACAUUUCAUCACUUUCGGACACCAAUUACAAAGUUCUAGAUGUUGGGACGUUCUACCAAGGCUGUGGUCAUGUUGUUUAUAAGGGGUCAUUCUACUUCCACAAAGGAGGAACAAACAGCCUUUUAAAGUUUUCCUUGAACACGAAGCAAAUAACCACCCUGCUCAUGCCAAACAGCAGAUAUCAGGGCCUGAAAUAUCUCUUCCACAACUCAAAGACUUAUUUCAAGUUUGCUGUGGAUGAAAAUGGACUGUGGGUCAUCUUUGCCUCGAACACAGAUAACAUAAUAGUGGCAAAGCUCCACCCGAACACUUUCUCUGUGCAGUCCAUGAUUAACACCGCCUACCCUUCAGCUAAGGCAGGAAAUGCCUUCAUCGUGUGCAGGGUGCUGUAUUUCACAGACAACAGAGACAAACGUGUGACAUACGCCUUUGAUUUGGAGACACAGAGUCCUCUGGAUGCAAGUUUUGAUUUAAAGACACAAAAUGGUAUCUUAGCUAUGCUGUCUUAUUAUCCCAACAAAAGACAAUUGCACAUGUGGGACAACAAAAGUGUGAGAACCUGCAGGGUUAAAAUAAAAAACACCUAAAGGGAUUUUACCAGUUUUCUAUUUUUGUAAAAGUGGUUUAAAGAAAAUAUAUAUUGUUUUGUGUUUGUCUGUGUUUUUUUCUCUGUAUUGCAAUAAAUGUGUCUCUCUAAAUAUUGAA